GCAAGUGCGCUGCUAGGCGACUGUGUCAACUCAAAGAUUUGCCCCUGGACCAGUCAUUGGGCUUGUGCUAGCGGGGCCGGCCCUGAAGGGAGGGCCUCCCCGGGCAGGAGGAUUCCAGGAGAGUCCCUGCAGCUGCCGCCGCCGCCGCCGCCAUUGCUGACAGCUCCGGGGGAGCAGCUGCUUUAAGAGCCCUUUUGGCCAGAGCAAAAGCAUCAAGUGAUCUGCUGUGGGCAACCUUUGCAUUUUACAAUGACAGGAAGAGGGUCCAUCAGCAUCCUUGGUUUGAUCCUCGGUGUCAGCCUCUCCCUUUUGAUCCUCGGAGUUCUUGGUUAUGUCCUGGUCAGGUGGUACCGGGAAGGACCCCGCUGGGACAGGCCUAAUUUUGUGUUCAGGUUUUAUCACAUCUGCAACCUGAAGACACUGGGACUGGAGCUUGUCCCUCCCUUCACCAUCAGUGGCUCCAUGCAUGGAACAGGACCUGGCUAUGGGCAAUUUCAUGAGAGGGACUGUAGGAUGGAGAUGUGCAUAAUCUGACCGUGAGGCUAUUCCAGCAUCAUCCCGGGCCAGUUCCACAGCUCUCAUGAGGAUCUGAAGUGCUUGGCAGCAGGAGGGCAAGCUUUGGGUGGACUUGAGCAGCUGUGUAAUUUCUUCCUGAGAGCAGAACUUUGUGGACAUCCGCUGCCCCCACCCCUUCUGUAUUGCUCCCUAGUAUCCCAGAUUGACCUGAAGUUGGCUGGCCAACCACACUCAGUGUAUGGUCCUCAAUGGAACUACAUCUACCUGGAGGGAAGUAUACAGUGGGGUUCCUCAGGGUCCUGUCUUGGCCCCAGUGCUCUUCAACAUCUUCAGAAAUGACCUACAUUAAGCAAUUAAAGGAGCACUCAUCGAACUGUGGAUGACAUCAAGCUGGGUGAAAUUGCUAAGACUCUGAAAGAUAGACUCAAGAUUCAGAAAGAUUUUGACAGAUUUGAACAUCGGGCCUAAUCCAACAAGAUGCAGUACAGUGAUGAGAAAAGUGAAGUUCUGCAUUUAGGCAGGAAAAAGCAGAUACACAGGUACAGGAUAGAGAGUACCUGUCUCAACUGUAGCUGAGAGGGAUCUAGGUGUCCGGAUGGGGCCCUGCUUAAGCAUAAGCCAGCCGUGUGCUGCAGCUGCCAAAAAAGCCAAAGCAGUUCCAGGCUGCAUUAACAGAAGGGUGGCAUCAAGCUCACGGGAAACGAUAGUACCGCUCUAUAAGACACUGGUGAGUUCACACAUUUGGAAGGCUGCACCCAUCCAGUUCUAGUUGCCAUAAUACAGAAAAGAUGCUGAGGGCCUAGGAAGAGUGCAGAGAAGAGCAACAAAGAUGAAAAGGAGCCCCAAGGAAAAACCCUAUGAAGAACGACAAAGAAACUAAUUAUAUUUACAAUAGCUUAACAAAUGUCUAAGAAGAUUCUCAAUCAUCUGGGUCAUGGUUAUCCUGAAGGUGGUUUUUUUCCAAAAAAAAAAAAAGAACGGAAGAAGCUUCUUGGAUGAGAAGUGAAACAAAGAAAAAAACAAGAAAGUCCAGUUACCCUUUGGAAAAAAGCACCUUUGGGGAAAUAGUUUAACAAAGAGAAUACUUGAAGGGUGACCACAAAGCAGAUUUAUGUUCUCCAAAGCACCUGAGGUUAAGGCAAGAAGCAAUGGGUGGAAACUAUUUAGAAGGAGAUCCAACUUGGAAAUAAGGAUGACAUUCCUGACAGUGAGAAUUGUUAAACAGUUAAACUUUCUUCCUGGAGUUGUGAGCGCUCUAUUGCUGGAGGUUUUCAACAAAAGAUUGGUCAAGCAUUAUGUCCGAGAUGGCAUGAGGACUUCUGCCUUGCAUAGGGAUUGGAUUAGAAAACCUCCAAGGUCCCCUCCAGCUUUAUGGUUCUGUGAUAAGUGUUGCUGAGAAUUUAAAACCAUCCUGGAAACAAUGCAUGGGGGAUGUGAUCAAGGCUGUGACAAAGAGCAGGAAUAACACCCCCACUUGUAUCCCUUUUCAGGAGGGAGGGUGCGGGAAGCAUGUGAUGUUCCUGCAGGUUGAGUCAUGUGUCUUAUUGGGACUUUAGGGAGGUAAGAUGGAUUAUUCAGAUCCCUCCUUAGCUGUUUUGCAUGAUACUGAAUUGUCAGGUCCCAGCAAUCCUGACUGUGUACAUGCCUCCCUCGUGCUCAAGAAAGUUACAGCAACCCUCCCUUUAGACCAAUAUUCUUGGCCAGUUGCAGUUCAGAAUGAGCUGCAGUAACAAUCCUGCAGCAAGCCAGCCCAUCUGGACUCUGUUUGGUUGACUGUGGGGCAGUUCACAUUUUGGGUUGCUUUUCUUGAAUUUUGGAUUCUCUGCAGACAGAGAGUAGGUAUUGUGUGUGUGUGUAAAGUAGAAGGACAACAGUUGCUUGCAGAGCUGCUGUUUUAACAGAGAAGCGUUCUGGAUGGGUUUGUGGCUCAGUCAAUGCCCCCCUCUUAUAGUGUGAGUAGUUCCC